AUGCGGCUUCCCGUUGCGCUCCUCACCCUGCUCGCCACCCGUUUCGUCGCGGCGAUUGACUUCACCGACUACGACCCGCAGCCUGGCGUGCAGGCCGAGUUCAAAGAUUUUCUCAAUGCUCUCGUAACUCCUGCAGAAGACCCCACCGCCACGACGGCGUACACCGACUUCUUCACGGCAGACGGCAUGCAGACGACACUGAGCAUCCAUUGCGUCGGCGCCGAUGCCAUUACCAAGUGCAAGCAGCGGUUUUUGCCCACUGAUGGGAGCAUGUCGCUUACUCACUUCCCCAACACGACUUUUAUCGCCGAGAACAAUGCCACGGCGACUGUCUACGAGGCACACGGCCGCAUCGAGAACAACUUCAAGGCGGGUAACUGCUCGCAGAUUUAUUACAAGACGCAGUACACGGUCCUCAAGACCACCCAGUCUGUUGAUGCGGCGCCGAAUUUGUCGACGAAGCCUGAGCAUCAGGUGUACUGGUACCACGACUACUUUGUCAACCCGACGGGUGUGCCGUCCGAUAUCCCUUGCGACAGCUUGAAGGCGUGA